UAGGUUUAAUGAAAAUUCUACCGUGAUGAUAACAAUAAUAAUAAUAAUAAUAAGAGUGAUAAGUUCGAGCGUUUGUUAGAUUAUAAAAAAAAAAAAAAAAAAAAGGAAAGAAAAGUAAAAAGAACGUGUCCGAACAGAAGCGAGUUCUAACGUUAAAUGAAGAAUUAUGCAUCGAAUGACCUUGAACGAUCAUCGCACCCGGAAUUCAUUCAGAAUGAUCUUGAAACGAGUAUCCGAAAGUGGAACGACGAAGUGAAGAUCGCUUUGUCCGCCAUAUUGGCUGUUGCCGUUGGUCAUCCUGGAGUUUUAUUGAAUCCAGCAGCCCUUGCCUACGCAAGAUUAUUACCCGGAGCACCAAUCGGAUUAGACGGCCGUGUCGUUGACACUCCUGAAGUAUCUCUAGCGAAAGCUGAACACGCGGCGGCUCAUGUCAACGAAAGGAUCAAUCUUGCCAACGAAGCUGUUAAAUCCACCGAAGUUCUUCUACCAGCAACUUACGGUGUUCCUCUUGCCGCACCACUUCUUGCUCCAGCCUUAUCAUUAACGGCAACUAAACUAUCACCAGGUGCACCGAUCGGUGUCGAUGGUCGCGUCGUUGAUACACCGGAAGUUGCCGUUGCCAAGGCCGAACAUGCUGCUGCACAUGUCAACGAAAGGCUGGGAUUGGCACAAGAGGCUGUCAAAGCGGCUUCUGCUGAUCUUCCAUUAGUCGUAUCCUCACCUCUUCUAUAUGCGAAAUAUCACAUACUCCUACUGAUCGUUCUGAUCGCGAACACCAGGGCUGGUUACAUCGCUGGGCCACCUUCGUCUUAUGGCGAGCCACGAUUAGAAACUCAACGAUCUGCGACAAGAUUUGCACCACCUGCACCGGUCGGACAAGAUGGUAACGUUAUCGAUACGCCCGAGGUAGCUCAAGCUAAGGCUGCACACUUUGCCGAAUUUGCUAAAGCGGCUGCAAGAGCCGUCGAAGAGAGCAAGAAUCAAAAGGCAACCUUCGACGAUCCUUCAAAUCCUAGAACAACCUUAUCGCAAUCAUACAACAGUUAUCCCUCGAACGUUCAACAAACCGGUGCACCCUUAUACAGACAACAAACUUAUCAACCAGCUUAUCAACAACCUCAAACACCUUAUCAACAACCCCUUGGUUAUCAAAACAAUCCGUUACCAUCUUUACAAUCUCAAUAUAAUCAUCCUGCUGUACAUUCCGUUAAUCCUCCUACUUAUCAACAAACGACGCAAUACGAACAACCAAACCGACCGAAUUUCAUUAAUCAGAAGACUAAUAACUUUGGUCCACCCGCUAAAGCUACUUUCAUUCCUGCUCCUCUUGCCGAAGACGGCACCGUUUUGGACACACCCGAGGUCGCUGCCCUCAAAGCAGCCAGACUCGCCGAACUAGCCGAUGCCGAGGCCAGGGCCUACAAGUACAGUGCCAGCGCUGCUAGGGAGUUUCCUGCAUCUCAAGGUCAAGUUUAUCCCGAAGCUCAGGCUGGGCCAUCUCCAAUAAAUUACAACUCGGCGGGUUCGCAAUUUGGUCCUUCUUAUCCAAGUGGAUCAACACAAUCCUUCGCGCCACAGCAAGGACCUUUUUCUAAAUCCUUCCAACCUGGGCAAGGAUAUCAAUCUCAUAACUAUCAGUCGCCGCAGUACGUGUCAGGAUCUUAUUCUAAGACGUCCGUUUUGUUGCCGGUGGUGUGUCUCAGCAUCACAACGAUGAGAUUGCUUAUAGUACUAUCUAUGCUCCUCGUAAUGGCGAGCACCGAGGCUAAGUACAUAUUGGCACCCUUAUACGAAUAUCGUGGACCACCGGCACCCUUAUCGAAAGACGGUAGGGUGUUAGAAACCGCGGAAGUUCUACGAGCACGUAACGCACACAUGGCGGCACACGUGGAAGCUUUAUCGAGAAUUAGAGAAAUCGAAAGAAACGAUUAUUCCGAGAGGAUGACGAGACCGACGAUGUCACCGAUUAUGUCGCCAAUGAUGUCACCGAUGAUGACUACGAAAACUAGCACGAGAACGCGUUCGAUCGCUCCGCUUUCGCCCGAUGGUCGUGUUAUUGACACUCCUGAGGUGGCUCAAGCGAAAGCUGCACAUUUAGCGACACAUGCGCGAACAACUUCAAGACUGGCCGCAGCUGCGGCUUCCGCAGCAACGGCACAGUACCGAUUGGACGUUUACGAUGGCCGUAGAAAUCUGGUAUAUCUGGCACCUGUUCGAGUUAAUUAUCCAACUGUAUCCUCGGUAGGAUAUCGAGGACCACCUGCACCUAUCGGACCUGAUGGACGUGUCAUCGACACUCCGGAAGUUGCGAGAGCUCGUGCUGCUCAUAUGAAAGCACGAGCACACGCGCUUGCAAUGCUAUCUCGUCACGAAAAUAAUUAUUAUUAAACGACGAACGUAUAGAGAGCGUAUACACGUCUUUAGUGUAUAGUUAAAUUUAAAAUGUGUCCUAUCUAUCUCUCUUUCUAUCUAUCUAUCUAUCUAUCUAUCUAUCUAUCUAUCUGUUUAUCUAUCUGUCUGUCUAUCUUU